UCAGCGGUGGAACGGACAUCACUUCACAUCACUAUAACGUAUAACCGCAUACGCAGCUCGACACUAGCACUGCAUACUCGUGUGAAGGACCGUACUGGUUGAUCUAUAUAAUUUCAUUAUUACAUAGUAAAUAAAUAUAAAUUUUGAAAUAAAAUGUAAUGUACUGUUAGUGCAGUGUAAGUUUUUUAAAUACAGUGAGUUUAAUAUUGUCUAAAAAUGUCUACAAAUGUGAUGGCUCGUCAAUGCUUUCUUUCCCAUCCAUCGCGACGGCAUCUCUCGACAUCGUCAGUGAGGAGGACCGCAACCUCGCCGCAGCGCCGGAAUGUCGCUGCUCCAGCAAUCGCCGCUAACUACAAGAAAUUCAGCGACAUUCCUGGACCACUAGCUUUGCCUAUUCUGCGACACCAUGCUCAUGUCCUACCGAGAAUCGGAUGUUUCCAUCACACGGUGGGCCUGGGGCUGCUGGAAGGUCUGCGUGAACGCUACGGAGACCUGGUCCGCCUCGCUAAAGGCAACAGGUCUCGACCUGUCCUCUACGUCUUCGACCCCGAGCUAAUACGAGAGGUAUAUGAAAGUAACACAACUGAGCCUCCACAAUGGUUAGGAUCACCUUUAACUGAACAAAGGAAGACUGCAGGGACACGAUGUCCUAUGGAAAGUCACGAAACCAAAGCAAUUUGGGCGGGUAUAAAGACACUGCUACAAGAUGGAGCUCUUCUGCGAAGCUAUGACAAGGCCUUCGAUGAUAUUGCUACUGAUGCAACACUGAGACUCGGUGAACUGAGGCACGUUGAAAACGCCCUGAACGAAGAGUUUGGAACAGAGAUAUAUCGUUGGGCGAUAGAAACCAUCGGAUGUAUGAUGUUUGGCAUUCGUUUGGGUUGUCUAGAUGGUCAAGUGCAUGUUCCCACCGAAGAGAAUAGAACACCAGAAAGGACAUCAAUGGACGAUGAAAUUCAAGAUCUCUGUUCCCUCUCCAAGCGUUGUCUCACAGAACUGACGCCUGCUGAAAAAUUUGUGAGAUGUUCGCUUGAAAUAGCAAACGAGAGCUACUUGGUACGGAGCGAACGCACCUUGAAACCCGAGUCGAAACCCUUUAACGAUGCCUUGAAAGCUAUCGAUAGGCAUUAUAGUUUGACCGACGAUUUCCUUCUCAAAGCGUUGAAUGAACUUAACAACGACCAGCUAAGGCCUGAACAAGAACUUCUAGAUAAACUGAGGCUAUUGGAGAGGCGGAUUCUGCCUCUAGCUGCUGAUGUAUUCCUGGCUGGAGUAGAACCUCUAGCCCAAACAGCCGUAAGCAUGUUCUACCAGCUCUCAUUACACGCGGCUCGCCAACAAAAAGCUCAUGAUGAAGUGGUCUGGGCUAAAGCCUCUAGAGAUGAGGGUCUGGAUAUACAAGAAUUACCUUACAUAUCUUCGUGCGCAAGAGAGGCAAUGAGACUGUACCCAGCCACUGGAGGUGUUGUUAGAAGGAGUACAGAAGAAUUGGUCGUUGGUGGUUAUGAAGUUCCUGCUGGUGUAGACAUAGUCCUUGCACACGGCGUGACCAGCAAAUUAGAAAAUGAAUGGGGUCGUGCCAAGUCUUUUAUACCAGAUCGCUGGUGUAGUCAGGCUUGGGAGCCUCUCAGAGCCUCAAGGGCUCACCCAAAUGCCUCGAUGCCCUUCGGACAGACCUGCCCAGCCACUGGCAUUGUCGGUAAAAUGCUUUCCAGCUUGGCCACUAGGAUUCUAGACAAGUAUAGGCUAGAAUGGCAUGGACCAAGCCCAAAUAUUGUUACGACAGGAGUUAACAAACUACAACCGCCAUACUAUUUUGUACUACAAAACGCGGCUUAGUUUAAGCUCUUGGAAUAGUUCCAGUUCCGCCAGUAACUGGUAUAUUUGAUGUUAGCUUUGACAGCUACAAAGAUACAGCUCAAAAGUUUUUUCGUAAAUUACCUUUAUAAUUAAAUGUUACCAAAAAUACUUAAAUGUAUAUUUAAAGAGAAUGUUUAACUCUACAAAAGAAAAUACCAAUAAAUGUAUCCAGCCCGCUUAGUUCACAAACAAGAAUUUUUUGAAACCUUUUUUUCGCUCUCCUGUAAUAUGAUGAUUUUCGACUUAUAUCGCUUGUCACAGGAGGCAAGGAAUAAUGACUUUGCUCUUUUCUGAUCUAUUCUUAAACUUAUACUUUAAAAAAUGGUAGCUUAUAGUUUUAAAAAAUGCCAGAUACUGUAGCAGCCAAGCUUGUCAAUUGUGCCAAAUCUGGCAUAAGUAGUUGAACAAUCAAUAAAGUGUUGUUUUGAUAAAUGUGUGAUAUAUGUGAACAAUAUGUGAUAUAUACCAGAUAAUUGUGCGUU